GCGACCUUUGACAACAUCUUCAACAUUUGAUCUUGUUCCAGCUUCUUCAUCUUGAGUCUACUGCAGAACGAGACUCUAGGAUGGGCUGGUCAUCGCCUGAUGGUUGGCUGACCAGACUUUUCUCUGGCGAUCCGUUGGCCAUCGCCAUUGCCUUCAUUGUGACAUUGACCCUGCCCGCACUGCUUCAUUACUACUUCUAUACCCAAAGUGCACGCUCUCAGCUCACUCCAACAUUCCUCCUCCUGGGUGCCAGUGGCGCUGGCAAGACAUCGCUUGUUUCUUUGCUACAAAAACAAUCCUCCCAUCCUGACGAAAAUGAGCCUCAACCCGCCCAAACUCGUACCUCUCAGAUCAUUAAUCGAGUCAGUCUAUACCUCCCACCUACGAUAUCGCUAGGCUCCAACAAAUACCGCUCCGACAAUGAUGUCUCGUUGAAAGACAGAGAACCUCUGCCGUAUACCAUCAUUGACACUCCUGGUCACGGCAAAUUGAGGCUGGAGUCGGGAUUGUCGCAAAUCUCAAAUCCAGCUUUGCGCGGCGUCAUUUUUGUUGUUGAUUCCAGUGUGAUGGAUUCGAGCGACUCCUCCGUUUCCAGAGAUGCUGCUGCAUAUUUACACGAUACGCUGUUGGCUUUGCAGAGAAGGACAACUGGCAAAGGCUCCGUCAAGGGCAAACCACCCAUUCCUGUAUUGAUUGCCGCCAACAAGCAGGACCUCUUUACUUCUCUCCCUGCCGGGGCGAUCAGCCAACGUUUGCAAACUGAGAUAGAACGAGUCCGGGUCUCAAGAGCAAAAGGUCUUUCAGCUGUAGGGCAGGAUGCCGAUACCAAUGAGGAGGACGAUGUGCUCGGUGGUGGAGGGGAAGAGAAGUUUACGUUCAAGCUGCUGGAAGAGGAAUAUGGCAUCAAGGUGGAUAUCAUUGGAGGAGCUGUCAAGGGGGAAGAAGCCGGUAAAGGGGUGACAAGAUGGGAGGAAUGGAUUGGAGGUUGUCUAUGAAGACAUGUAAUCUAUACCAAAGCGCCUUGAUCUCAAACAAUGCUAUGUGAAUGAAUAUCAUGUGGACCAUGGUCAUGUUGAUAUCCUGGGUCGUCCUGCGCACUAGGAGGAAGAUCAUGAUAUGGGUCAUAAUCUGUC